UUCCAUUAUUCUUUCCACAAGGCAACAGCAGAUUGUGGACGCUGCUUCCGGAAAAAGCACUGCUGCAUGAGUCUUGUUCAGUGAAAGUCAGCCCAGCGGAGGACUAGUGUAAGAAGAAGAAGAAGUUGAUAGGAAGAAGGAAGGAAGGAAGGUGGGGAGCAGGAGGUGGAAGGCUAAAUGGUGUGCACCAUGCGCCGCAAGAUCCAGCGAGCCGUGGGACUGGUGAAAGACCACGCAUCCCUCACAAGGGCUAUGAUGUUUUCCGGCAACGGAAUCGGUGCCCUGGAGAUGGCCGUCGUCCAAGCCACCAGCCACGACGAGUCGGCGCCCGUCGACGACAAGUACGUCCAUGAGAUCCUUUUCAUCGUUUCCAACACCCCGGGCUCCGUCCUCCACCUGGCUUCCUUCCUCACCAAGCGUCUUGAGCGGACUCGCGACGCCGUCGUAGUGCUGAAGUUGCUCAUGCUCGUACACCGCCUCCUGCGGGGAGGCCACCGCCGCUUUGAGCAGGACCUGCGCGAUACCCACUCAUCGGGUGUGCUGAGGCUGAGAUUUUACGGUCUCCCGGCUGUUCGAGGAGAAGGCCCGGCAGCCGCUUCCUCCGGUCUCGUCUCCUUCCUCCACGACUACGCGUCGUUUCUCGAGCUGCGGAUGGGCUGGUUCAUCAACCAGGCCGGCCGUCUCGAGCCCACUGCCGCAACCACGACCACCCAAUUCGUCUCCAAUAUCAGAGCCAACGGAGCAGAUGACGAGAAGAUUUGGGCGGAGCCGAUUUUGACCGUGCUGCCGCGAUGCCAAGAGAUACUGGACUGCAUCGUCCAGUGCUUCCCCGCGUCAGGGAUGGUGCGGAGGAACCGCUUGGUUCAGGCGGCGCUGGAGAGCAUCCUUAGGGAGAGCUUCCAUCUGUACGCCAGCUUCAGUGAUGGGGUGGGGACGCUGCUGGACUUGUUGAAGCAAGGGGUCCGGGACUCCGGUCUCGCCCUGCACAUUCUGAAGAGGGCGUCUCACCAGAGCUACGAGCUUGUGAGGUUCUUCGACAGCUGCAAGGCAGUCUGCAGCGUCAGAUUCGAUGAUUAUCCUAGCGUGAAGAUCAUCAUAUCUCGAGAGGAUGUCUCCAAGAUGGAGGAGCUGCUGAGGGGAUGUGUUCCUGCAGGCAGCGAGGCCUCCAAAGUGGUCGACGACGACGACGAUGACGACGAUGACGACGACGACAAUGAUGAUGGCGAUGACGCAGGCGCAGAUGUUAGCAGUGGUAGCUCGUCCUCGCCGUCGUCGCCGGGGACAGUCGUCAGCACCAACACGUUCAAGCCCCCUCUGCUAUGCACUUCUCCGAUGAGGCUCUUCUCCUGCAGGUGGCAGCGGGAGACCAAGGUGAGCACCGAGUGGGUGGUCUUUGACAACGACGACAACAGUGACAAAUUAGGGGAGGAGGCAAUUAGCUUGGUGCACGCUCAUGAUGCUGGAAGGAGCUCUUCAUGUUGGCGUGGUAACCCCUUCUGUUGAACCUUCGGUGAAGGGAAGUAAUUUGCUUGUUUACUGCUUGGACGACAGAUCGGUCCCCUACGAAAACAGAUAUUUUUCCAAGAAAAUGAGUUAAAAUCAUCAUUUUUUUUGUUAGUGAUUGUGCGUGUGUUUAUGUAUGUAUAUAGUUUUAUGUAUUCUUCUUCUUCACAUUUAUAAUAACCUUGUAAUUUAAUCAUUUGCGCGCACAUGAGAGUAGAGCAAGUGCUAAUUUUGUUUCA